AUGGACCAUGGUAUGGACCACUCUGGUCCACAUGAAUAUACCUUAGUAAAAGAACGAAAACAACCAAGAUCUGUUCCAACGAGAACAGAGAGGACAAAAAAACUGGGUGUUGGUCGUCGCUCUGUUGGUCGCCGCACGAUUAUUGAUAUUCAUUUAGAAGUCUUAGAGGAAUGUCAAAAAGGGGACCUACAUUCGACGAAGCAAGACUUUUUUGAAAUUUUGGUUCAAGAAUUUAUGGGAAGCAAAUUCAUAAAGGAAGAGAAGGUUCCAAGUUCAGAUUCCGGGUUUAGGUUCCAAGUACAGAUUGCGGGUUUUAGGGAGGAAGACUUUGUUCCUAUGGUAAGGGUUGCUAUGGAAGAUGUUCCUAAGGAACAGUUCCCAAGUUCAGAUUUCGGGUUUAGGGAAGAAGACUUUGUUCCUAAGGAAGGAGUUUCUACGGAACAGGGUCCAAGUUCAGAUUCUGAGUUUAUGGAGGAUGACUUUGUUCCUAAGGAACAGGUCCAAAGUUCAGAUUCCGGGUUUAGGGAGGAAGACUUUGUUCCUGGGGAAAAUCUUCCUUAUGAACACUUUACUUAG